GAGCAGGGGGUCGGCGGCGGGCGGCGGUUGACGGGCGGCAUGGCGACGUGCGGCGGCGCCUGCGCGCUGGUGGCGGCCGCCGAGGGCGGCUCGCCCGACGACGUGCGCCGGGCGCUGGAGGCGGCGGGAGACGCGGCCGCCGACGUGGCCAACACGGCGCGCGGGCGGCUGCGCGUGACGGCGCUGCAGCUGGCGGCGGCGCGCGGCGGCGGCGCGGGCGAGGAGGCGGCGCGCCUGCUGCUGGGGGCGGGCGCGCUGCCCUCCGCCGCCGACAAGCUGGGGCGCGCGCCGCUGCACCACGCCGCGCAGGCAUGCGCCCCCGGGAUCGUGCGCCUGCUGCUGGAGGCGGGCGCCGCCCCCGACCCGCGCUUCGGCGUGGCGCGCGAGGAGCCCGACGGCGGCGAGCAGGCCUGCCCCCACGCCUCCGCGGGAUGCCAGCUGGCGCUGCCCGAGUGCUGGGGCCGCACUCCGCUGCACCUCGCGGCCCGGGCCGGCGACCCGCCGUGCGUGAGGCUGCUGCUGGGCGCCGGAGCCGACCCCCAGGCGCGCGACGAGCAGGGCUUCACCCCCUUGCUGCUGGCCGGCGGCCGCGUCGCGCCCGACGACCCGGCGGCCGUCUCCAGGUUCGAGGAGGUGGUGUCUGCGCUGCUGGCCGCCGGCGCCGACCCGAACGCGCGCGCCUCCAAGGGCGGCGGCACGGCGCUGCACGCGGCGGCGGCGCUGCGGUCGGAGGCGGCGGCGCGGCGCCUGCUCGCGGCGGGCGCCCGGGCGAGCGGGCCCCCGGGGGCGGAGACCCCCCUGCACGUGGCCGCCGCCUCCGGCAGCCUGGCCGUCGCCAAGGUGCUGGUGGACCGCGGCCCGGCCUGGAUCGUCAACGCCGCUGACGAGGAGGGCCGCACGCCGCUGCACCGCGCGGCGACCGCCGGCGCUCGGGACGUGCUGGCGCUGCUCGCGCGCCGCAGCGGGGACCUGUCCGCCGAGGACAGCUGCGGCCUCGCCGUCGUCGACGUCGUCUUCGCCUGCGUGCCGCGCCCCGUGCUCUUCCUCGCCGAGCUGCUCGACUCCUGCGUGCUCGCCAACUCCGCCUCCGUCAACGACAACUCCUUCGAGGUGGAGCUGGACUUCGGACUGCUGGCGGCGGGCGGGCCGACGCGCCAGAUGGCCGUGCUCAUGGCCGCCGCCUCGGCCGGCUCCACGCCGCAGCUCACGGAGCUGCUGCAGCACCCGCUGCCGCGCGCCUUCCUCUGGUUCAAGUGGCGCCGGCUGCGCGUCUUCUUCUUCGCCGUGCUGGCCGCGCACGCCUGCUUCGUGGCGUCGCUGUCUGCGCACGCCGUGGCGCGCGUCUGCGGCCCGCACUCCGCCGCCGAGGUGCUGGUGUCCCGCCGGCUGCUGCUGGCCUCGUCGCUGCUGCUGCUCGCGCACCUGGCCGGCCAGGUGGCGGCAGUGCCGCGCCGCACGCUGCGCCAGCCCGAGACCUGGCUCAACGCCUGCGCAGUGGCGCUGGCCGCGUGCGUGGGCGCGUGGGGGGAGGCGCGCGACGGCGGCGGCCGCCUCGCCCAGGGACACUGGGUGCGCCACGUGUUCAGCGCGCUCGUGCUGCUCGCCUGGGCCGAGCUCAUGCUGCUGGUGGGCCGCUUCCCCACCUGGGGCUACUACGCGCUCAUGUUCUACAACGUGCUGCAGAACGUCGUCAAGGUGUUGCUGACGUUCGUGUGCCUGGUGAUCGGCUUCGCGUUCAGCUUCCUGAUCCAGUUCCAAGAGGACCCCCAGUUCGCGAACCUGUGGAGGUCCCUGGUGAAGACCACGGUCAUGAUGACCGGCGAGUUCGACUACGGGGACCUGUUCGCCGAGCCGGACGAGGCCGCGGGCAACUCCACCUCCGCCGCGCGGCGACUGCCGGCGACGAGCCGCGCCAUCUUCCUGCUGUUCGUCGUGCUCGCGUCCAUCGUGCUCAUGAACCUGAUGGUCGGGCUGGCGGUCAGCGACAUUCAGGCGCUGCAGACGGAGGGCAUAGUCCACCGGCUGCUGAAGCAGGCCGCCUUCGCGGAGCAGCUGGAGAAGAUGAGCGACGGGCUGAUGCGGGCCCGCUACAUCCCGCGCCUCGUGCGGCGCGCGCUGGACGCCAGGCGCACCAUCCGCACCAAGGUGGUGAUCGCGCCGAGCACCAACUCGCGCUCGCCCGACCGCCUGCCCUACGCCGUCCUCGAGGCGGUCACGUUGACCGGCCUGCGCAACCGCCAGCUCAAGGAGGCCGCCGCCUCGCCGGCUCCCAGCGGCAGCACCGCAGCGUACGCCGGCAUGGAAGACGCGAGCGUCGCCGGCGCGCUGGGCAGCAUCCAGCAGGAGCUGUCCGAGAUGCGCCAGCUGCUCAACAUGCUCCACGGGGUCCACCAGCGGAGUUCCCUGCCGGCCGCGCCCCUCGCGACCCGGGGCCGCUUCUCGCAGGCGGCGGCGGGCAUCCACGAGGCGCAGGGAGUCCUGCGCAGCAUCCGGCACGGCAGGAAGACGAGCCGCGCGGCGUCGCGGGUGUGAGCGACAGACGUGCGCACGUGUGUUCCGAAGUGGCGGCAGUGGCUUUUCCUUGUGUCUCGGGGAUCUAACUAUCAUCAAUGUGCGAAUUAAAAAUUUAAAUAAAACACAGUUUAAAGUACAUGUGAAGUCCUCUGCAAUAUCAGUUUGUGAUAACCGCUAGGUUUUGUAAAACGUGUGGACAUAUGGUGUUGCGUACCCUAGGUAUUAAAUAACACUUUUAAAAAAUUA